GCUGGGCACCCAUAAAAGGAUUUUAAACUAUGAUUUUGGCUGUCAGCCAAGAUGGCCCUCUUUCCUUAACUGUGUUUUCCUCCCCAACAUCAUUAGUUUCCACCACUGGGGUUGGGAAAUAACUCCAACAAUUCUUCUCAAAAGCUGCAGAGGGGUUAGGGAAGAAAAUGGGACACACUUAAUUCUGCCCCAAGGUUUGCUGGUUUUGCCCUGCUCCCAAAUCUGCUCACGGCUUUCGGUUCUACAGGUGUUGCUCCUGUGUGGCUCCGCCUAUCGCCCAACAGAGGAAAUAGAUUUACGCAGCAUUGGAUGGGGAAACAUCUUCCAGUUGCCCUUCAAACACAUGCGAGAUUAUCGCCUCCGCCACCUCAUCCUCUUCUUCAUCUACAGCGGCUUCGAGGUGGUCUUCCUGUGCACUGGCUUUGCCUUGAGCUAUGGCGUCUGCUCCAUCGGCCUGGAAUACGUGACUUACAUCAUUACUGCUUAUGGACUCUCAUCUGCUAUCUGCAGCGGCCUGGCGCUUUCUAUGCUGUGCAUGCCCCGUCAGGUUCCCCUUCUCACGGGAGCUGUUGUCCAUGCCGUUCUCUUGAUUGCUCUCUUCUGUUGGGCGCCUCGUCCCUAUAGCUUAGAUGAAGCACCCUUGCUGUACCUGGUGGCUGCACUCUGGGGCCUUGGCAGUGCCCUCAACAAGACUGGCCUCAGCUCACUCCUGGGGAUGCUUUAUGAAGACAAAGAGCGGCAAGACUUCAUCUUUACCAUCUACCACUGGUGGCAAGCCUUGGCCAUCUUUGUUGUUUAUCUGUGGUCUGGACUACCUAUGAAGGCAAAGUUAUCCCUCAUGCUGAUUACGCUGGUGGCUGCGGUGGUCUCCUACGUGUGGAUGGAGCAUAAAAUAGGCCGCCUUGUCCGGCACCGCCUCCCCAAGAUUCCCAAGCCUCGCCACAAGGUGCGGGGCUACCGCUACCUGGAAGAAGAGAAUUCUGAUGAAACGGGCUCAGAAGGAGGGGAGGAAAGGGAAGACAGUGACUCCUCGGAGGAAGAAGCAGACGGUGAACAGCCCAGAGACCAGCAGACUCGGGCUCAACGCAGGAAGAAGUGCAGCUACGAACGGACCCAUGAGUAGGAGGCUGGGGACAGUGUGGGCUAGCUCCUGGCCUGGCGCCACCCUGUUUGCCAGUCUUGGCUGGUCCGCGACCUCCUUGAGGGCCUUAGACUUCAGCCUCUUUGCGUCAGCAGAAUCCUCUCUCUGCCCUGCUCUUUCAGUGUUUUACUUCCACUCUGAGCCUGACUUCCUGCAUUUAGACACCUUUUAGUCCUCACUAUCACUUGGAUAGAGGGAAGACGCAAAGACACGCUUGCUGGCUGUGAGCUCCUCUCUAGAAGGCCCCACCAUCCAUCCAUCUGCCAUUCCUCUGCUCAGAAGUGGUGCUGGGUGCAU